CAAUUCUGAUCAAUCUUUUAAAGUUGAAGCAGACGCCAGACUACACCAAAUCACAACCGUUAGGAUGAAUUCAUUGAAGGGCAAUAGCCUUGCCAUAGAACGUAUGCGAGAAAAAGACGAGCUUGACCGUUUGGCUAAUCAGAAUACAAGUCAAAGACGCGGUACACCCCGGCGGGAUAUCAGCCUUCAACAGAAGGUGUUUACUUGGAUCAUGGAGCUGUUGGAUGAGCGGCCCAAGGGCAAAACGGACUACGACCAUUGGCUACAGGAUGGAGUUAUCCUUGUAAAAGUUUUGCAAUGCGUCAUGUUCAACUCCGUUCCAACCGAUAUGGUGAUUCCAAAGAUGCAAAAGCUGGACACAACCCAAGAUCGCUUGAAGAUCCUGAAAAAAUAUCUCAGACGUUUUGGCAUGGUGGAAGAAUACAUUUUUGAUGACGCUGACCUCGUUGAGUUUAAGAAUAUUCCGCGAGUAACCAGAUGCGUGGCCAUGCUGGCUAAAAUGGCUAAUGUGAGUGCAUUCACUGAUCUCGACUUGGAGAUUCCCCCUGAGAAUGACAUUUAUUUAGGAGAUUCGGAUGAAGAACAGGAGCACCAUGGUUGAAAGAUGCCUACCUUGCUUGAUCAUAAAGCCAUGGGAGGAAUAAACUCUAUUUACAACUAGGUCAACAUAAACGAAUUGAUUGUAAUUCGUCCAUUUUUUCGAAGACGAAGCUCCAAUCGCAUUGUAUGUUGAAAAUGGUGUAAUUGUAAAGACUAUAAA